AUGUCUCAGAGGCAACGCCUACCGGUCUUCAAGCAGCGGGAGGAGCUGCUGCGAGCUGUGCAGCAGAGCCAGGUCCUUGUGGUUUCGGGCGAGACAGGCUGUGGCAAAACCACCCAGCUCCCGCAAUUCAUUCUGGAGAGUGAGAUAGAAGCAGGCAGGGGCGCACAGACCAUGAUCAUCUGCACCCAGCCCCGGCGGAUAUCCGCCACGUCGGUGGCGGCGAGGGUGGCGGCGGAGAGAGGCGAGGAGGUGGGGGGCAGCGUGGGGUAUCAGAUCCGGAUGGAGAGCAGACGAGGGGCGAGUACGAGGCUGCUGUUCUGCACGACUGGGGUGCUGCUGAGACGACUGGUGCAACAACCAGACCUAGCUGGCGUCUCCCACGUGAUGGUGGACGAGAUACACGAGAGGGGAAUGAACGAGGACUUUCUCCUCAUCAUCUUGAGGGACCUGCUGCCGCGCCGCCCCGACUUGCGCCUCGUGCUCAUGAGCGCCACCAUCAAUGCGGAAUUGUUUUCGGAGUACUUCAACAAAGCACCGAUGGCACACAUUCCGGGUUUCACCCACCCAGUGCAACAGCUGUUCCUAGAGCACGUGUUGGAGCGCACGCGCAUUCCCAUCCGGGACCAGGGCCAGCAGGGAGGAGGAGGGUGGUUCUCAAGAGGAGGAGGAGGGGGAGGGCGGGGGUAUGGGCGGGGGAGACGAGAGAGGAGUGCGAGUGUGGCGAAGAAAGACCCGAUCUCAGAGGCAUGGGAGGAUGUGGACAUAUGGUCGCACUACUCUGCCUUCUCCCGACCCACCCAAGAAUCCCUUUCCAACUUCUCACCAGACAAGCUAGACAUUGAUCUAGUGGCAUCAGUCGUGGAGCAUAUAUGCCGAAACGAGGCUGAGGGGGCGGUGCUGGUCUUUUUGACUGGCUGGGACGAGAUUUCGAAGCUGCUGGAGGCUCUCAAGACGAUGCCUGUCGUCGGGCAGUCGUCGAAAGUUUUGCUCCUGCCCCUGCAUGGGUCGAUGCCGACGAUUCAUCAGAAAGAGAUUUUCAACCGCCCGCCCCCUGGAGUCAGAAAGGUGGUUCUGGCGACCAACAUAGCGGAGACCAGUAUCACCAUUGACGACGUCGUUUUCGUAGUGGACUGCGGAAAGGCCAAGGAAACUUCCUAUGACGCUCUGAACAAGCUGGCCUGCCUGCUCCCCUCCUGGAUUUCCAAAGCCUCGGCGCACCAGAGGAGGGGGCGGGCGGGGCGCGUGCAGCCGGGAAUUUGUUUCCACCUCUACCCGAAGACGGUUUAUGAUUCGCUGCUGGAGUUUCAGCUGCCCGAGAUUCUGAGGACGCCGCUCCAGGAGCUGUGCUUGCAGAUCAAGCAUCUUGGGUUGGGGCACGUGCAGUCGUUCCUCUCUAAAGCAAUGCAGCCACCGGAACCGCUGGCUGUGCAAAACGCGGUGCAGCUUCUGGAAACCAUUGGAGCAUUCACCCCCGAGGAGCAACUCACCUCCCUGGGGUGCCACCUGGCCGCCAUUCCCGUGGAGCCCCGCAUUGGAAAGAUGCUCAUAUUCGGGGCCAUAUUCAACUGCCUCGCGCCAGCCCUCACCAUCGCUGCCUCCCUGGCAUACCGGGACCCCUUCGUCCUGCCACUUGACAAGAAGGAGAUGGCGGAUGCAGCCAAGAAAAAGUUCUCAAAGGAUUCGAGAAGCGACCACAUCGCACUGCUGAACGCGUUUGAAGGGUGGAGAGCGGCCAAGAUGCAAGGGCAGGAGCGCAAUUAUUGCUGGGAUAACUUCCUCUCUGCUCCGGUGCUGCAGAUGGUAUCAGACAUGCGAGGGCAGUUCCUGCAGCUGCUCAGUGAUAUUGGCUUCUACGACCCAAGAUUGGGGCUCAAUGAGUACAGCCAGCUUGCAUCGGACCAAGAAAUGCUCUCCGCUGUGAUCUGUGCGGGCCUCUACCCCUCUGUUGCUCAGAUCCGGCGGCAGGGCAAGCGGUUUGUGUUCUUCACCAAGGACGAUGGCCGCGUGGAGAUGCACCCUUCCUCAGUCAACGCCUUCUGCCCUUCCUUCUCCCGCCCGUGGCUCGUCUACAACGAGAAGGUCAAGACCUCAGACAUCUUCCUCAGGGACUCCACCAUGGUCUCUGAUUUCGCGCUCCUCAUGUUCGGAGGCAACCUCGAGCCCGCCCCGGCCGGCCGCACGGGGUUUGACAUGCUGGGGGGUUACCUGCACUUCGGUGCUUCUGCUCAGACGGCAAAAAUGGUGCAGGACCUGCGGCAGCAGCUGGAUUCUCUACUCAGAGAGAAGAUCGAGAACCCAUCCCUGGACGUGCAUGCACAGGGGGAGAGGGUCGUAGCAGCAGUGCGCAGCCUCCUCUCCUCACCCCACGCGGAUUCGCUCCCCCCUGGGGAGUCUGGAGGUGGGGGAGGAGGGGCUAGGGGCGGUGGGAGAGGAGGGGGGAGGCAUGGGCACGGGCAUGGACAUGGGCGUGGGCAUGGGCAUGGACACAGGGGGAGAGGGGGCAGGCACUAA